AUGGUCCGAGAGCAGAGUAUUGAAUCUUUUUAUAGUAAAUUGCGUGAAUCUGCUUUGGCUUCAGCUUCUAAUACCCCUCUGCUCAUAUUCCCAUCUACUUCCGAUGUCGAUUCUCUCUGUGCUUUGAAAAUUAUCGGCCAUGUUUUAGAAUCUGAUUCGGUUAGAUACGCAUGUUACCCCGUUUCUAGUUUUAAUGAGAUUCAUAAGUAUGCUGGACCUAGUUUAUCUUCUGCAUCUGACGACCCAAUUACUAUACUUUUGAUAAAUUGGGGCUGCCAUAGGGAUCUCAGGAAGAUUCUAGAAAUAGGACCUGUGGCCCGUGUUUUUGUGGUGGACAGUCACCGCCCAAUUCAUCUCCAUAAUCUUAAUCAUCAAAAUGAUAGGGUAGUUGUUCUUUACACUGGGGAUGAUGAGAAUCAAGCCGAUCUAUCUUUCGAUUUUGAUGUUUCGGCAUUGGCGGCCGCAAGUGAUUUAAACAGCGAUGAUGAGGUGGAAGAGGAUGAGUCCGAUAGUGAAGAUGAGAAUGAAAGUGAUGGUGAUGAGGAUGGAAAUGGGAGUCGGAAAAAGAGGCGGCUUUCUGAGGAUGGUGAGACCAACCCGUUGAAGCUUUUCAGGAAGCUUAAGAAAGAGUAUUAUCAUAUGGGUACUUUCCAUGGGAAGCCAUCGGGUUGUUUGAUGUACGAAUUGUCUCAUUACUUGAGGAAGAACACUAACGACUUGCUAUGGUUGGCGUGUGUGGCUUUGACCGAUCAGUUUGUUCAUGAGAGAUUAACAAACGAAAGGUACCAAGCUGGGGUAAUGGAGCUCGAACAGCACAUUAAUAGUUCAGGGAAUUUAGAUGCUGUUACUUCUGUAACUCUCAAAGAUGGAACCAAAGUUUGUGCACCUGAUGCUUCAAGAAUCGCAUACGAAGAUGAACCCAGGCUCAUGCUAUUACAAGAAUGGAAUCUCUUUGAUUCGAUGUUGUGUUCUUCGUACAUGGCAACAAAGUUGAAGACUUGGAGUGAUAAUGGCACUAAGAAGCUCAUGUUGCUUUUAGCUCAAAUGGGGUUUGCAUUAGAGGAAUCUAAACAGAAGUUCCGCUACAUGAGUGUUGAGAUUAAGCGGAAAAUGAAAGAUAUGUUUGAGCACUUUCUACCAGAUUACGGACUGAAUGACUUCUAUUAUCGAGGUUUCUUGUUGUUGCAUGGUUAUAGUUCAAAAAUUUCAGCUGCAGAUGUGGUUUAUGGAGUUACUGCAUUAUUAGAGUCUUCUAUUGAUUCAAAUUCAAAUAGUUCAUGUGCUUCCAAGCAGUUUGGGGAGGCAUACGAUGCUUUAUCAUUGAGGAAGCUUGAAAAGCUGGAAACGGGUAUGAAACAUGCCAUCAAGAUCCAACGGGCAAUUCUUAGGCAAGGAAGCACUGCCAUAACCAGAAAGGGUUGUAUAAGGAGUGGAAGCAAAUUCAGGUGGGUAAAGCUUGAAGAUUCAGCCGAUGCAAAGCUACUGGGAUACCCACAAGCUUUAACUAAGUUUGGCUAUUUCUUGAUGGACGCUUUGAGGGAAAAGGGGGCGAAAAUGAAGCCUUUGAUAUGUGUUUGCUAUACUCAAGGGAGGGAGAAGGUCUUGAUUGUUGGUGUUUGUGGUAAACCGAGGCUUGGAGCAGUUCAAGGAAAUGCAUUUGGGAUUGCAUUCAGAACCACGGCUGAGGAGACUGGAGCCGAGUUCUUCCAUGAGCUGUUUGAGUCAUCAUGGAUUGUUUUGGAUGCCGUUGCUGUAAAUUCAUUCAUGAUCAGACUAACUGAGAAGCUACUAUGAACAACCAUAUCCAAGAGUCAGUUUAAUCAAUCUUUCUACUUAUGUUUGUUUUAC